UUUAAGUCCCUUGCAAAAAGAAACUUUCAGUCGCAUUCUUAACAUUUGUUUUUCAAUGCUUGUUUAAAUACAUUGACACCAUGAAACUGUGGUGUUUUAUUCAAGGUUGUGAUGUGAGGAUCUGUUGCCACCCCAAUUCUAAAACAAAAAAGAUAAAAGUGUAGUUUUCUUUUGCCAUAACUGCAUGAAUAUAACGGUGUUAAUCAGGGGUUUUCAAUCCAUGUUACAUCAGUGCAGUUAAUGGAAAAAAGCAGCAAGUGGACAUUGCAGUCAUUGCAAGAAUAAAAAAAAAGUACUCAUGCAGCACAUAGCAACGUAAUUUGUUUACAUUAGAGGAAAAAAGAUACCACAGACGUUUUCUAAAUUGCCUUAGGAACUUCCUCACAGUGAGGGAGCAGGAAGUGCUUCAAAAUAGAAGCUGUGCUGGGAUUUUACAGAACAAACUGCCAGUGAACUCCACACCUGUUAUUGGUACUUCAGACUUGAAACACAGAGAUCGACUGGAAGGCGUACAUGGAUGAGGUGGAGGGAGUUAUCAACGGUACCUACGACUACACCGAGCUUAAAGGAGACACCGGCCCUUUGGUGUACCCUGCAGGGUUUGUCUACAUCUUCACGGCUCUGUACUACAUCACCAGCCGCGGCGUGAACAUCCGCCUGGGCCAGUACAUUUUUGCAGUGUUCUAUCUUGUCACGCUGCUGCUUGUCUUCAGAAUAUACAACCGCACCAAGAAGGUUCCUCCGUAUGUGUUCUUCUUUGUGUGCUGCGCCUCGUAUCGGAUCCAUUCCAUCUUUGUGCUGCGUCUCUUUAAUGAUCCAGUGGCCAUGAUGCUGCUGUUUGCAGCCACUAAUCUCUUUCUGGAUGGAUACUGGACUCUGGGCUGUGGUGUGUACAGUUUAGCAGUGUCUGUGAAAAUGAAUGUGCUUCUUUUUGCCCCUGGAUUACUUUUUUGCCUUUUGUGGGAAUUUGGCCUCGUCAGAACGAUCCCUAAACUUUCACUAUGUGCAGCCAUACAGCUUCUCCUGGGUUUGCCUUUCCUAUUGAACAAUCCCGUUGGCUAUUUGAGCCGCGCCUUCGAUCUGGGCCGUCAGUUCAUGUUCAAGUGGACGGUGAACUGGCGCUUCCUGCCAGAGUGGCUCUUCUUGAACCGCUACUUCCACUUGGUCCUGCUGGCAGCUCACCUCCUCACUCUGCUGCUCUUCGCUCUCCGCCGCUGGAAGAGACCAGGAGAAAACAUAGUUGAGCUUCUUAAAGAACCAAGCAAGAGGAAAAUCCCUGCUCAGGGCAUUACUGUGGAUCAGAUAGUUCUGAUUCUCUUCACAUCUAACUUCAUCGGCAUGUGCUUCAGCCGUUCGUUGCACUACCAGUUCUACGUGUGGUACUUCCACACGCUGCCUUACCUGCUGUGGAGUGGCGGUGUCAAGAAGUUGGCCCACCUGCUCAGAGUCCUGAUUCUGGGGCUGAUUGAGCUCUCGUGGAACACCUACCCCUCGACUAACAGCAGCUCUGCAUCCCUCCACGUCUGUCAUCUCAUCAUCCUCCUCUGUCUGUGGCUGGCUCCCCCCCUGACGGAAAAGAAAGAACACACGACCGACAAGGAGAACAAGCGUCACUGAGCCUGACGGGACAGGACGUUUGAGUAACCCCCCCAUCAUUCUCCUCUCUAUCGUCGGCACAAGGCCUGCAGAGGGAAGUCACUGUGAAAGACUGUUGCUGGGUGGCUACAAGGAGCCAUUUGAUGCUUCUCGUCUUUGUUUCCCGCCUUCUCAUUCAAGCUCAGCUGCUGAUGUACCCGGCCGGUGCACUCUUGCAGUCAGAGAGAUGACAAACGGAAAGGAUGAAUUCUCAGGAGUCUUUUUGUUGUUACAUAAUUGGAAGUUUUCAAGUGCUGUGGGAAAAUCAUGGAUGCUUAGCGAUAAUUUGUUCAUAUACAGAAUGUGAUGGAUUAAAGAUCUAAAGAGCUAACCGUAGAUCCAGAAGUGUUAAAUUGACUACAUAUCAACAUGAAUCCGAUAUUCGUUGAAGGCCUGCAUAGUUUUUUUUUUUUUUUUUUUUUUUUUUUUGAAAUACUCCAAAAAAACCUUAAGCAGCAAUGA